UUUCUGCGUCCCCGGCCCCCGGACGCGCCCACCAACUACACGUGCAUGUGCGCCACCGGCUACCGGCUGGCUGCCGACCAGCACCAGUGCGAGGACGUGGACGACUGCAUGCAGGUGCCCAGUCCCUGCCCGCAGAACUGUGUCAACGAGCAGGGCAGCUUCCGUUGCAACUGCUACCCUGGUUACGAGCAGCAGGACGGCGAGUGCGUGGAGCUCCAGGACCCGUGCUUUGGGAACAAGUGUGAAUACGAGUGCCAGCCCGUGGGCCGGUCCGAGCACCGCUGCAUCUGCGCCGAGGGCUUCGUGCCUGUGCCCCACGACCCCAACAGGUGCCAGAUGUUCUGCAACCGCACGUCGUGCCCGGCGGACUGCGACCCCAACAGCCCGGAGUCCUGCCGGUGCCCGGACGGCUACAUCCUGGACGAGAAGACCACGUGCACGGACAUCGACGAGUGCAGCAGUGACCUCUGCUCCGGCGAGUGCCGCAACCUCCCCGGCUCCUACGAGUGCGUCUGCGGGCCCGACUCCGCGCUCGCCGGCCAGAUCGCCACUGACUGCGACCCCGUCAAGGCCAGCCUGUCUCUGGUCGUGGCGCUUCUGGCGCUCCUCUGCCACCUGCGCAAGAAGCAAGGCGUCUCGCUGGCCGAGCCGGAGUACAAGUGCGGGGCGCCGGGCAAGGAGGCGGUGCUGCGGCGCGAGGGAGCCGAGCGGACGCCUCAGAGACUCUGAGGGGCCUGCUUCCCUCCCCGGGUGUCCGCCUCUCCGCCCUCUGGUGGUGCCCCCCCCCGCCCCGCCUUCCUACUCAAAGCACCUUAGCUGGCAUUGGAACUGGAAAAGACCCUCACCCCUCUUCUUCCGCGGCUUCUGCACAGGGCUGGGGAGGGGGACUGGCCGGCUCAGGGCCCAGCCCGUCCCUGACGUCGCCGCACAAGUGGGCGGAGAUGGUCGUUUUAGAGAGACAGCCCGCAGAGCGCCCAUGGCCUCACCAGGGGCACAGGAGGCCUGAGCGCUGUCGGUUCGGGCGGCCCCAGUGGACUAGCGAGCGUUCCCAGUCACGGACAGUGGCCACGGUAUUUAUUAUUAUUUUUUUUAACUAUGUAGGGUUUCCGUCUCUGCUUUUUCCCUACCUGAGUGUCUCCAGUACCCAUUGCAUCCCUCCGCCCUUCCUCCCGGCUCUCCCCUUCCUCUUCGCUGCAUUUAUGCGCUCCCACUGUCGCGGGGCCCUUAAACUCAGUGAAAUUUCUCCCAGCUCUCUGGCAUUUAUGAAGCCGCGCCCCAUUUCAUCUGGCUCGGUUCUCCCAAUCUUCCCUCCCAGGAAAUCAGCACUCACCUGAGUCAGCGGCCGG